GUCAGUUUGAGGAGGCCACUUCCUGCCUGGACUUAGCCAGAACGCAGGCGAACAGGAACAAGACGAAAAAGCAGAACUAACAGUUUGGCAAGACUACGGGUUUCACAAAAUCCCGUUAUCAUUCUGUUGCAAUCAGUGGAAGCAGGCGGCCAGAACGAGAGCAGGAACGGCGAUGGGCUGUGCUCUCCAUCUCAUCCUUCUGUCUCUCUGUGUCGCGAUGAUAAAGGGAAAUACUUUCACAGUAAACCAACCAGAUCGACUGGAGAGUGUGGAAGGGGAAUCAAUCGAGAUCCCGUGUACAUUCGCUUACCCAGACGGGUACAAACCCACACAGAUCAACAUCCACUGGAGAAGAUGGGAGUUUCACGGGGAAUUUAUCUUCAAUACGUCACGGAGAUACACUCACCCUGAAUACCGAGAGCGAAUUGAAUUCCUGGGAUUGCCAUACAAGGAGAGGACAGGAACCAUCCGGAUAAAGCAGCUGAGAAGGCAGGACACAACCCGUUAUUACUGUCGGGUGGAGACAACAGGAGAGGGGAAUAAGGUCUGGCAAAACAUCCCAGGGACCUUCCUCACUGUCCGAGCAUGGCGAUCAACCACUUCCAAACCCAAGGUCAAAGCCAGCACCAUUUUACCAGAGCAACCACCUCCUUCCGCAACCACACUCACUGCCAAUCGAAGAAAGUUGGCCUGGAUUCUAGGGAUUGCGGUUGCCGCGGUGAUUGUGCUCCUCGUUUCCAUGGCGAUAGCAGCGGCUGUAUACGUCCGCAAGAAGAAACAUCUGCAGCGAGGUAAGGAACCCUUCCCCCGGCCCUCGCCACAGGCCGUUUAUUUCUUCCUUCGUGAGAACCAGCCAUCGCUUAUGAGGUUCCUACGUGCCAAUGACCUCCUGAUUGCCCGUGAGAAAGUGGCAUUUUCCUCGCGUCUCCGCAGAACCUCCCAGUCCCUUUAA